AUGUCAACCCUCACUAUGGCUCGUCCCCUGGGCAGGCUCCUACGAUCCUCUCCGCCGAUUGCUCGUCCUCUUCCCUCCAUCCUCCGUCGUGGUCACCGUUCGAACCCACCGAGGGCACCGUUUUCGAAGUUUCCCGUGAAGUCAGAAUAUUCUAGGCUGGAAUAUCCCAAGCUAGAGAAGGAAUUACCUGUCGGAAUUUCUGUGAACAAGACGCAUUUUCAGGUGUCCAUUGGGAAUGGUGAUAUGAGAGAGUAUUUAUUCCCGGCUCUACGUGAUUCUUGCAAAUGUCCUAUUUGUGUCGAUCCGUACUCGAAGCAACGCAACUUCCGGACGUCGGAUAUCCCAAAUGAGAUCCAACCGCGCAAUAUUGAGGUCGAUGGCAAGGACAUAAUCGUCCAAUGGACCAAUGACAUUCCUGGCUAUGAUACAUCCCAUACUUCAAGAUACGACAUAGAUACUCUUAUUGUUCCGGUCAAGUCAACAACAAAGCUCAUCGCUGCGUCGAGGCCGCGUAGGACCUGGGGUCGGGAAUGGAUGAACAAGUCACAGUUCUGGAUUUCGUACGACGACUAUAUGAAUAACGAAGUCGAGUUUGCGUUCGCGAUGCGGAGUCUAUGUGACACUGGACUCAUCUUUAUCAAGGAUAUCCCCGAUUCCCGUGAAGAGGUCGAGAAGUUGGCUACGCGCAUGGGUCCGCUCCGGAACACAUUUUACGGCCCGACAUGGGAUGUGCGCAGUAUUCCCCAGGCCACGAAUGUGGCUUACACGAACCAAUUCCUCGGGUUUCACAUGGACUUGAUGUACAUGCGCGAGCCUCCAGGCUAUCAGCUUCUCCAUUGUUUAGAAAACUCAUGUGAUGGAGGCGAGUCGAUGUUUUCAGACGGUUUCCACGCGGCCAAGCAAAUCUACAAGAUGGGACCGGAGUUGUUUGAUAUUCUUACCGACGUUCAGCUUUGCUACGAAUACAACCAUGAGGGCGCCAUAUAUCACAACCGCUGGCCGGUAAUCGAGACCACAACCAUGAGACACCCUACAGAAUUCCCACCGAUUCGGCAUGUCAACUAUUCCCCUCCGUUCCAGGGCCCUGUACAUUCUCGACAAAUCGGGAGAAACCACCACGAGUUCAAGAAGUUCAGAGAGGCCCUCAAAAUUUUCUCUGAGCUCCUCGAGCACGAGGAAAGCACCUUCGAACUGAAGUUGGAGCCCGGCCAGUGUGUCAUUUUCGAGAAUCGUCGGGUCGUCCAUGCCCGGAGACAAUUCAAUACUGCUGUCGGUCGGCGCUGGCUUGCGGGAGCCUAUGUCGAUGAAGACUGCCUGUGGUCUCGGUUCCGGCGGAGUAUCCGUGACUAUCCUGAGGCUUGGCCAGGCCAAUGGGAUGACCCGAACAAAAAGCUUCAGCGGGAAUUCGAGUCGCAUUAG